UGUCUCUACUUGACCUCAUUUUAUACCCACAAGUGGUUUGUUGACAGCUAGCUAGUGGUUUUUGGAAGUUCCCACAAGAGAUGGGAAUGCAUGCUGUCUUGUGGUGCUGUGCAUCUGUCUUGCUGAUUUCCUGCUGCAUAAAGAGCACCCAGGGCCAAAUAGUGUUUACUAGAAUACCAGUUAAUACUGUCGUUGCUGAGGGAGCUGCAGCACGCUUCGAUUGUGGUUUCUCCGCUUCCGUUCCAGUUGCCAUAAGUUGGCGUAGAGAUGGCAUCGUUUUAACUCCAUCAAGUAAAUACACGUUCCUUCUGAACAACAGUCUAGUAAUCGACCCUACCGAGAUGGGAGAUGAUGUGUCUUACUCCUGUGUUAUCAUUAACCAGCUCACUGGAGAGUCUGUGCAACAAAGUGCAACACUUAGUUUUGCAGAGUUCCUGGAUGCCUUUGUUACCACUCCUGCAAGCCAAACCGUCAAUCAAGGCGGAGUAGGCAGUUUUUUCUGUGUAAACGCAGGCAGCUUACCACCAGCCACAAUCAUCUGGCAAGUUAAUGGUCAAACUCUCACUCCUUCAUCACGGAUCUUCAUUACCUCGUCCACUCUCGAUCAUCUGACCCCUCCUCGUACGUCUAGCACGCUCUAUGUCACUGGAGCACAAUCAGCUGAUGAAGGAAGCUACACCUGCACUGCUACUAACGACGUUCUACCCGGAGCUACAGCGGUCACUCCAGCAGCGUCUUUAACUAUCACACCCACCCCCAGAGCACCUGUGAUCACACUCAACCCAGUGGACACAAUCCUGGCCUCAGCUGGUCAGUCUGCAACUCUCUCCUGCUCAGCUACUGGGGAACCCCCUCCCAUGUACACCUGGACUAGGAACGGGGUACCAGUGUUCCAGUCUUCUAAUGUUGCUAUUGAGACCACCUUGAGCGGGUCCAACCUAGUGCUACUGAGUGUGCAGAGUCAACAUGUGGGCACUUACAGCUGCAUCGCAAUGAACUCAGAGUCGACUGUCGUUAGUGGCAAUGCUACCUUGGAGAUUGCCGUAAUUUCGACCACCUUUGAGCUACAACCAUCGGACACAGUAGCUGUGAUAGGUACCUCCACUAUACUCGAUUGCUCCCCGCCCACUAGUGUACCACCCGCUAAUAUCAGCUGGUGGAAGGCCUUCACUCCCAUCGUCAUCACUGGCCCUAGGUACCAGGUUCUAUCCAACGAUAGCCUGUUCAUAGCAGAUGUGGUGUGGACUGAUCAGGGACUGUAUCACUGUGCUGCAACCAAUCCCAUCACUGGAGUCACACGUACCAGCACACCUGCACAGCUGACUGCAAUAGGUGUUCCGGUGGUGACCCCUGAGGCUAUAACAGUUGAGGAGGGACAGUCGGUAACCUUCACCUGUACUGCAGAAGGAGAUCCGGCCCCUCAAAUCACAUGGUACAGGGGAGCCAAUCAGAUCACGGACGCUUUGUUGCCACGGGUGAUACUGACAGAGAAUUCUCUCACCAUCAGCAGUAUCAGUUUGAGUGAUGAGGACUACUACACGUGUCGAGCCUUGUUUGGUGACGGGGAGACCACUCAGAGCAAAGCUAUCCUUGACGUGUCUUCUGCUCCUAUAUUCCUGGAUCUAUCGAUUAGUGUUACCGUGGUUACCCCAACGUCUGUUGUGCUCCCUUGCCAAGUGUUCCCUGAUCCAACCAUCUCAUUCUCGUGGAGUUUCUCUGGAGAGGCAGUUGUCCUCACUAGCUCGGGGAACUACAGACUGUUGGAGAAUGGGAGCCUCUGGAUCAUAGAUGUGAGCAGUGAUGAUGCCGGAGCCUACACCUGUGUUGCCAUGAACAAUAUGGGCAGGGCAGAGGGAACAGUGAGUCUGGAAGUGCAAGUUCCACCGAUGAUAGCGGCUGUUGAUCGUUUUGUCAAUGUCACGAUCGGCUCCACUGCAACACUCAGCUGUACUGCAUCAGGCAACCCAGUGCCCGGGCUCAGCUGGUCACGUGACGGACAGCAGCUGACAACUAGCGGCCGAUAUCUCAUCUCAUCUGAUCAGAGAAUGCUGAGUCUACUGAAUGCCCAGAUGGAGGACGAGGGAGUGUACGUGUGUGGAGCCUCCAGUGCAGUGGGCAGUGCAUCUGAUGUGGUUACCUUGGACGUUCAAGCUGUCCCAGUGGUCCAAGUGUCUCCUCCCACUCAAGAGUUGCUGGCUGGCUCCAUGGCUACCUUCUCGUGCUCUGUGUCAGCUGGUGACCCUCCUCCCAGUGUACGGUGGCUCAAUGCACAGUCUGUCAAUGUCAUCAACUCCAACAACCCAAGAAUACAGGUGCUAGGGGACCUCAGCCUGGUCAUAUCUGAUGUCCAGCUGGAGGACGCACAGCAGUAUGUGUGUGAGGCCAGCAAUGCUCUCGGCUCUGAUAUUGACUUGGCGCUGCUCACUGUUUUGGCUGCUCCAAGUGUGUCUAUUUCCCCAUCGAUUACGUCCAUCCAAGGAGACCCCCUGACUCUCAACUGCAAUUCGAUUGGCUGGCCUACACCAGCUGUUGUGUGGUCUAAAGAUGCGGAGGAGUUGAGUUUGGAUGCUAGGGUCCGAGUAACCAGCGAUGGACAGUUGACCUUCUCCAGUGUUGUGGCUAGUGACUCUGGAAGGUACACCUGCACAGCCAGCAAUGAGCUCGGCAUGGAAGCUGCUUCCACUGUUCUCUCUGUGCAAGUUCGUCCAACCAUCUUACCAACGCCUGCAAUGGUCGUAUUUAAUCAAGGAGACACUGUCAUCUUGGAAUGCGUUUCCAUGGGGAUUCCUCAGCCGGCAGUGUCCUGGUUCCAAGACUCUGUUCCAGUUCCAACUCCAGACAAUGUCCGUAUAUCUCAGGCUGAGGAUGACAGUCUGGUGAUCAACGGCGUGAUCAAAAGCGAUGAGGGGCAGUAUAUCUGUCAGGCUAGCAACUCUGCCGGCACUGUAUCUGCAGCCAUCACUCUGGUGGUCAAUGUGUCUCCCACUGUAACAGCACUCGAGCGUUUCGUAACGGCAGUAGAGGGGAGUGUGGUCACGCUGGCAUGCACAGCCACGGGAGACCCGUUCCCAAUCCUCACCUGGACCAGGAAUGGAAUGGAGAUUAAUGGAAUGGACGGACAGUUUGCACUGGAAUCAGAUGGAGCAGUGCUCGUAGUGCAGAGUGUGGGGGUGGAGGAUGAGGGGGCGUUCCAGUGCCAUGCCUCCAACGUUGCAGGAACAGCUGUGGACACUGUCAACCUCAAUGUCAUAGUUCCGCCCACCUUCACCCCCCCGCUCAUGAACAGCAGUGUAGUGGAGGGCUCCACCCACUCCCUCACAUGCCUGGCCGAUGGAGACCCCCCUCCCCUCAUCGUGUGGUCACGUGACAUGCAGGUCCUAUCAACUGAUGGCACUCUAACAUUUGCAGCUGUAUCUCGUGAGGAUUCGGGUACUUACCGUUGUACAGCCAGCAACACAGCUGGAGUUAACACACAAGACGUCUACUUGGACGUUCUCUAUGAGCCAGAAAUUGUUCAGUUGACGAGCUCGCUGUCUGUACAUGUGAAUGGCGAUAUUCAGUUGUUGUGUGUAACCAAUGGCAACCCUCCUCCUGCUAUCAGUUGGUUGCUGAAUGGAGCUCUCAUUUCCACGGCUACUGAGUCAGUGUACAUGAUAUCACCUGUGAUAGCUGAGUCAGCAGGAGAGUACAGCUGUAUGGCUAGCAACAGUGUGAGCACAGUCACUGCUACUCUUACACUCACUGUACUGUUUCCACCCUCCCCUCCCACACUGCUCACUGUAACGGCCACUUCCAGUUCCUCCAUCACUGUGGAAUGGACCCCCCCCUCUAACAAUGGGGGAAGCCCCAUUACUGGCUACGCUGUGGACUACCGGCCGCAACAGAGCUCUGAUCCCGUGUUCACAGCUGUGAGUGCCGAGGAGGAUACUGGAGCAGCUGUGCUGUCUGACCUCUCACCCUUCAUGACGUAUGACGUGCGAGUACGAGCAGUGAAUGUGGUUGGAUCCAGUGGGCCCAGUGCUAUCCUGACUGCAACAACUCACCCAGAUGCUCCAGCUGCUCCCGGCAAUGUACGCAUCACCAGCUCCACAUUCUCCAGCAUCAGCCUAGUGUGGGAGACUCCAGAUCCUCUCAAUGGGAACUUUGCAGCAUAUGAACUUCGCUUUGGUGAUGAGACAACAUUUGGAACAGAUGUACAAGAGAGGUUACUCUUCACUACUCAGUCGAGACUGAUGGGACUGAGUGUGGGUGUGAUCUAUCUGGUGGAGGUGCGGGCGGGGACAGUGAGUCUUAUUGGAGAGAUCUUGUGGGGACCUUUCGUUGCCCUCAGGGUGCUUAAUGGCAUGGUAAUUGAGAUGGUGACUGGACCACCACCUACCACACCCCCUCCACCUACCACACCCCCACCUAUCACACCCCCUCCACCCACUACACCCCCACCCACCACACCCCCUCCACCCACUACUGAGCCGCCCACCACUCCCGAGCCCACUGAAACCACACCCUUCAUCACAUCAGCGCCUGAACCUGUUACCAGCUCUUCAGAAGUCAUCUCUCCAUCUCCCUCCACAACGCCCACACCAGUCACACUGCCCACACCUCCACUCCUCACGACAAUGACUCCAAUGCCCACCCCCUCUGUGCUAACUCCUCCCACUAUUGUACCAUCGCUGGUGACUGCCUUGGUUCCUCCUGGCACUGAGGGACAGAUACUCGUCUACUGGAGAGAGCCGACAUCUGGACUAGACACUUUCAUCGGCUAUCAGAUCCUCCUCUCUCCCGCACCACCCUCCACUGUGACCACACCCAUUUUUGCUGGCAAGACUCCAAUAAGUGGAACUCAUAUCAUAUCCGGACUGGAGGCUGGGACCACGUACACUGUAACCGUGGCGACCUACAACGAGGACGGCCUGGGGCCAUUGACAGCCACCACUACUGCUACCACUCCUGAGUCAGUGCCCACUCAGCCGAGGCAAGUGCAAGUGACCCUGCUGAAUCAGCAAGGUGUGUUUAUCAACUGGCUACCACCGAAUCCGACCAAUGGGAUUAUCAUCGACUACACGGUCAGGUUAUCUAGUGAGCCUUCUGGAGAGCUACUGAGAACGACCAUAGUGAGCUUGGAAAUAGUCAACUUUGGCAGUUUGGAUCUGACCAACCUAUUCUACAGCGUCACAGUGACUGCUCGUACCAUUGCUGGAGUGGGUCCGGAAUCAGAACCAGUAUUUUUUGGUACGGAACCGAUAUCUACUACAAUGGAACCAGUGUCUACAAUGGAACCCACAAGUGAUGGUACUACAUCCUCUGAGCCAACCGAUCCUUUACCCACGCCCUCACAAAGCACAUCCACUCCCCUCACAAGCUCCACACCCUCACGCAGUACACCCACCCCCCUCACAAGCUCCACGCCCUCACAGCAGCCGCCUGAAACUACAUUUCCAGCCGUUUUCGAUGACACCUACUACAUAGUUCGUAUUGUCCCUCCUGUGGUGAUUGGUAUCUUCCUGAUUGCUAUGCUGGUGGUCACAAUCAUCCUCUAUGUCCACAUACGUAACGCUAACGAGAGGAAGAGGAAAGGAUUGUACCAGUUCUCAGAGUUUAACAAUGCUUCAGAGGGUCAAGAAAUGCAGGAACUGACCCUGAAUGGUGAGAGAGUGGUGGUGUCAGAUGAUGUCAAGACCUCGGCCUAUCAUGUCAAGGAGGCUCUCAAUGCUAACUUCUCCUACUCCCCACCCACCAAAGUGGAGGACAGCAGAGACGACAUAGACGAACCAGACAUCGGAGUAGAGCUGCACCAGGAAGGUGAGGGGGUGGACAGACUCUCUCCAGUGGGACGGGAUGCACUGGAGGAGCCUUCCUCACGACCUGACAGUGAGGAGGUGUUCCUUCCUCAUGUCUCCAACAGCCAUACACCUCCCAGUCCAGGUGGGUACACUAACACUUAUGUUGAGGUGGAGAGCAUUCGGGCCAAGAAGUCUCAAGACAGAGCAGCCACACCCACACAACAGACCCCACCUAGAGUGACCUUUGACCCCAGUCUCGGACUCUCAUCGGGUGGCCUAAUGGAGACCAGAAUAGGAACAGUAGGAACCACUAGGAACACGAGUCGGCAGUACCCUAAUGGAUCAGAAGUGUCUGCUCAGAUGUAUUAGAGGCUAUAAACUUUUACAAACUUAAUUUUUUUACCUCCCAGACCUCAUUUUUAGAACACAGAAUUAAUUAGUUUUGUCACAUAAUGUUAACAUCAUUUCAUCAUAAUUAUUUAUAAUAUGCACAAGUUGUUAGUCUGUAUUAAUUAUACUGAUUCAAGGACAAAGUGA